UGGGAGCAGCCGGUGGUGGCUCGUUCCGGCUGGGCCCGCAGGGUAACUCAGGAAGUGUGUGGAUCCAGAUAGUGACAGAUCUACUGAGGACUGGCAGUUAUUUCUAGUUGGACGGAAAAGUGACACUGGUUCAAAAUGAGUGCAAUGUUGGAAACCCCUGAGCUGCCGGCGGUGUUUGAUGGGGUGAAGCUAGCUGCAGUUGCUGCUGUUCUGUAUGUUAUUGUUCGCUGCUUGAAUUUAAAAAGCCCAACUGCCCCUCCUGAGCUCAUUUACCAGGACUCUGCUUUGGCCCGCUUUCUACUCAAAUCCUGCCCACUUUUGACCAAAGAGUACAUUCCACCCCUGAUCUGGGGAAAGAGUGGACAUAUCCAGACUGCCCUUUAUGGAAAAAUGGGGAGAGUGAGAUCACCACAUCCGUAUGGACUUCGCAAGUACCUCACAAUGCCAGAUGGAGCAACAGCCACCUUUGAUCUCUUUGAGCCGCGGUCAGAGCACUGCAUUGGAGAGGAUGUCACAAUGGUAAUCUGCCCUGGGAUUGCUAACCACAGUGAAAAGCAGUAUAUCCGCACUUUUGUUGACUAUGCGCAAAAAAAUGGUUACAGAUGUGCUGUCCUGAAUCACUUGGGAGCUUUACCAAAUAUUGAGCUCACUUCUCCACGGAUGUUCACAUAUGGUUGCACCUGGGAAUUUGGUGCCAUGGUUAAUUACAUCAAGAAGACCUACCCUCAGACCCAGAUGGUGGUUGUGGGCUUCAGCCUGGGUGGAAACAUUGUGUGUAAGUACUUGGGAGAGAGCCAGGCCAACCAGGAGCGAGUUCUGUGCUGCGUCAGUGUCUGCCAGGGGUACAGUGCACUGAGGGCACAGGAAACCUUCAUGCAGUGGGAUCAAUGCAGAAGAUUUUAUAACUUCCUCAUGGCAGACAACAUGAAGAAGAUCAUUCUUUCUCACAGGCAAGCUCUUUUUGGAGAUAACAUGAAGAAGCCACAAAGCCUGUCAGAUGCUGAUCUGAGCAAACUCUAUACAGCAACAUCCCUUAUGCAGAUUGAUGAUAACGUUAUGAGGAAGUUCCAUGGCUACAGUUCCCUGAAGGAAUAUUAUGAAGAAGAAAGCUGCCUGCAUUACUUGCACAGGAUCUAUGUUCCUCUUCUGUUGGUUAAUGCUGCUGAUGACCCCCUUGUGCAUGAGAGUCUUCUUUCAAUUCCAAGAGCCCUUUCAGAGAAACGGGAAAAUGUCAUGCACGUGCUGCCCCUUCAUGGAGGCCACCUGGGAUUUUUUGAGGGGUCUGUACUAUUCCCAGAACCUCUUACCUGGAUGGAUAAGCUUGUGGUACAGUAUGCCAAUGCCAUCUGCCAGUGGGAGAAGACAAAGUCUCACUGCUCAGACACAGAGCAGGCUGUAUCUGGCCAGGAAUAAUUGACCCAAAGACUCUGAAUAGCUUCAGUAUAUCUCCCCCUUUGGGAACAUCUUGUUCCCUCACCUGCUGCUUCAGGUUCCCAUUCUCCUUGGUAUAUCCUAUGGCUGGGGUUUGAUCGCAAUGUUUUCUUCCCAAGUGGAGUUAAAGCAGAGGUUAAUAUCUGGUCAGAGCAUCUUUACAUAUAUAGUCACUUGGGUUUGUACUUUACUGCUCUGCUUGAAGAAUUAAGAUUGACUGUGACUUAUUACAGGGUUACUGAGCUGAAGACUGCUUGCUUUAAUAUAGCAGAAGUUUCAAAUGUCAAAAUAUCUUCAUCUGCUGGUCAGACUUGAUCUGCAGCAUUUGUUUAGGUGUAGGUGACAGGGUAACUGUGGCUCUGCUCUCCUCGGUCCUGGUGCUGGAAAAGCCCUGUAUUAAGCUACAAGCCAGUGAGUGGUUCAGUCUGUAAGCCACUGAAAUGUGGCUUGGAAAAACAGAUGCUUGACUGCAAGUGGAGUUCCAGCCUUGCACCAUCUCAAGGGAGCCUUUUACUUCCUAGGAAUGCACUUACACAAGUCAAUCGGUUUAAAAAUACAUAACUUUUCAUGCUUCAGCUAUCUUUGGAUUGGGGUGUCUUUAUGCUGGGACUCCAGGUAGAGAAAAGCUGCAGGCUGGUAAUACCAGUUAAUGUUUCUAUGUAAACAUGUUCUUACACCAAGACUACAUCAGUCACCUUCUUGUCAUCUUCGCCUCUUUUUAAAUAUAGCCAUCUUUUUAGCACUGGAUAUUAUUUCUUUUGACCCAGGACUUUUUAAAGCUGGCUCUGGCUUCCAAAUGGAAACCCUGUGAUUAAGAAUCUGUAGGAUCUUUCUGUGAGGUCAGUCUGUUUUUAAGAAUAUUUCGUAGAGAAUUAUGUACUCUGUUAGGGAUUAAUUUGUUGAGGGGGAAGGUAUCUAUUUAGAUUUACUCCCCUUAUGUCAUGGUAAAUUACACAAAAAUUCUUCCCUUUUCAAAGCAUCAAAUGGUUUUCAGACACAUGACUCGCCUUACAGUUGAUGGGGAACUGGAUGUCUCUAGCCCCGUGCAACUAAAAUGAUAUCUUUGCAUGGCUAACUACUUCUACUAUAUCUCUGUGAAUGAUGUAGGAUUACUGGUUCCCGUAAGACACUGGGCUCUUCCUUACUUUUAAUUUCUUUUCCACGCCCAGACAUUCUCUUCUAGUUUAAUGUGCAGAGUGAAGUGUGAAAGCUGUUUGCAGGAACGAUGCCUACUCACUUGUGCUUUUCCCUCAAGUGGCUGUUACAGUCUGUGCCAAGAUGAUUAUUAAAGACUCUAGUCUAUCCCCUGGAAGGAAAGUUGUCCCAUGACAAUCUGGAGACUGAAACUUUGUGGUCAAUCUUUUUUUUACAGUUUGUUCUGUCAAUAUUGUAGUCUUGUUAAUCCAUCCUUAGGACUUCUUUAUCGGUGUCAGUGAAGUUGUUCUUCUGUCAUGCUUCCCACAUCAAUUAGCACUUUAUUGCUUCAGCCUUGGUCCAUGUUCCAGGCGCUUUAGUUUAUAGCUUAAGGGUGAAACAAGCUGCAAGACUUCAGCCUGAUAAUAUAGGGGAACAAGCCUUCUGGACUGCCCUGUCCCUGAACUUCAGUAGGUUGGAGAGGUGGGAUUUUGUUUUAAUAAAGCAAUAAUUAACUAUUGUAGCAAAGGUGCAUUAUCAUAUCAGGAAAUUCCUUUCAUUUGCCUUAGGCCAGAUACCUUGGCCUGUUACAAUGAACUGUGGAUAUCUGCACAUUCUCCAUGAUAGUAAAUACAGGUUUCCUUUUUUCUUCAAAGAAAAGAUGUGACCAAGUAAAGCUAUAGCAAGACUUGGCCAUGCUUGUGGCUGUUCCUUAAGAACUAUUUUAGGGCAUCAGUUAGCGAGGAUAUUCUUAGCUGAUGGAUAUCUUGUCUCCAUGUUGUUAUCUUCUUAUUCAUACUGCAUCUGUAUAUCACUAAAAUCUGUCAUAAAAGACAUUUCAGAUUUUUGCUUAAGUAGCUGUUCAUGUAAUAUUCAUUGGAUAUGACUUAAAUAUCUUCUCACUUCAAUAGAAGUGGAGUGUAAACAACACUUGUACACAUCAAAUAGAUACAGUAUAAAUUUAGGUGUGUAGGGGGAAUAUGGUUUUUAUCUCCAGUGGGUUACAACUUUAGAAGUGUUUUGACUUUCAUAGUAUGCUACAGCUGUAGCUUCCACGGGUCAUGGCUGUCUGCCUUGAAACAGAACUGUCCAUCUUGUGCUUCGUGUGUCCUUCUUCAAUCCUGUUUUGCUGUGCUGAGUAUCAACUUCAGACAGCUCUAGAGGAACAGAAGUUGUCCUCGGUACCAAUACCACUGCUGAGGUGAAGAGCCCAUCGUAUGACCCAACAUGUGAAUACCUAUGAAAGAAAUAUCGGUGUGCAUCUGACCUCCUUUGAGAGCAAAAGAUCUGACUUCCUCAACUUGAGAGCAUUAUCAAAAACAGGAGUGCUCUGCCCAGCUCCUCAAGUGGCUGAAGCUCUGCCUCCUUCCCCAGGACUCCAGACUGGCAGAACAGUUCAGCUGUUGAUUAGCCCAGAACAUGAAAGUCAGGAGGGUGAGAACUGGCUGGGUACUGUCUCGGAAGGUUAAUGCUGCAAUGAAGCAAAGCAAGUGUUUUGCCUCUGCUUUUUGGCCAAGUCGUGCCAGUCCUUCUGAAAGCAGACCUUUGUCCUGGGAAGCUUUUUCUUGGAAAAAAAAUUUCCUCCUUCCAUUUUGUAAAGAUGAUCAUUCUUGACAGACCAGGCUUUCAAACAGUGUUUUCUGUUUCUGAGGUAGGAGGAAGCUACCUUCUUGUUAAAUGUACCUUUGUUUCAAACUGAUUUCAGCACAGCAGAUGGCCAGUCAAUGAAUGACCUGUUUUUAAGCAAGUCUCCUAAAAUAAGGUGAGCAACUCUCAAAGUAGCAGGAGCUGUAGCUUUCUCUAAUCAAAUAGAUUUUUUUCUUUAAAGUUGGAGGAUCUUCUUGAGGAAUACUCCUUCCUGUCACCUAACCCAAGCCUUCAUAUUUGAGAAGUGCUGAUGCUGCGGACCUUCUGAAACUCUCAACUACAGAAGUAAUAUGGGUCUCUGUCUUGCUCUUUUGACCUAUUUUUGCACUUGCAUCUACAGUUGUUCAAACCACUUGUGAUUUGAUCAACUAAUUCUAGCCUCUUUGGGGAAGAGCUUUUGUCAUGGGUUCUUUGUGUAAGGUGUCUGGAGCUGAGGUUCAGCUUACUAAGCUUGUAGGUGGAAGCAGUGAGGAAAAAAAACCUAUUCUCUCCAUCUUGCUCAAUUUGAUGCUGCUUUCAAAGCAAGACUCAUGGUGUCAGACUUGCAGCAGUAACUUAGAGUUUAAGGAAUUGGGAGAACAGAAAGUUAAUCUGCAGUGCAUGUUAUCUAAAGACCUUCAAAGAAGGGAAUUAUUAAAUCUUGCUGCAGACAGUGACUGGCAACUGAUACCUAGUGCCAGUACCCCAGGAUGCAUGGGACUUUGUCCAGUCCUCAUCUGCAAUACUCUUCUCUCCUAAAAUAAGGCAACAGUAGUCUUGUGAUGUGGGCCAGUGGUUUUCAUUUGCCCAGUGAACUCACCUUAAGUGCAGUCUAAGUUUUUAAGUCUUAGAGGUGAAGUUGUCUUUCUCAUCUCUUGUCAAGACAAUGAGGUUGAAGUGUGCACUUGUAGAUCAUUACACUAUAGUCUGAUGUUGCAGUUCAAGAUUACAGCAUGAUGAAUCUGUUAUAUGCUCUGCUUAGUUUCAAACUGGAUUUAGAAAAAGCAUUAGCAGAGUGUACACACCUCUUUCCUGUGACUGCAUGUGAGUAGCACUUGAACGUAAACCCUGAGGACUCUCUCAAUCAGCGAGUUGCAGAACUGUUACUCUUGGAUGGUUAGGCUGGUCCAACCAUCACCUUUGUCAGUGUCUGGAGAGACCUGAAGAUUGAACAGCUGGGACUUACAGCUUCUACUACAUCAGAUCUGCCAGCAUUCUUAACAGUCCCUUGGUUACCUUCUAAACUGAAGGUGUUUUCAGAUGGGUCUGGCAGUGUUGUAGUUGCCUGGUAAAGACAGACACUUGAACUUCCCUGCAGUCUCUUUCCUGAGCAUUUUUCUGCAGUUUCUGUUUAUGAAGCUCUAGGUUACAAAGACAGGGCAUUGAGCAAAGAUGUUGGGAACUACUAGCUCCAGUACUGAAUUUAGCCAAGCUACCCGUGUCUUAUCUGUCCUGGGUAUGUCACAAGUUCCUAGACCACAGCCCUUUGACACGUGGUGCCUUGCCCCUUUUCUCCUUCUCCCUUGACAUCAGCAUAUCUAGAGACUUCAGUAACAGCUCCAUCAACGUUUGGGGCUUGGCUUUUUUGUAAAUGAGUUUUCAGACACUAGGUAGAGAGACAUCCCUGGCAACAUAUACUGUAACAGUGCAUGCUGACUUAAAGGACCUUUGUGGGCAGCGUGCAACUAGCUACAGUCUAUUUCAAGGCUUAAAAUAAAACAUAUAUAAGCAGUGGAUUGCUUUCAGCUCUCUGCUCCCUCUAGCAGUACAGACUGAGUCAUAGAAGGAGGGUUUGCUUUGCUUAAUGUGUGACUUGUUACCUUACAGUCUCAAAGUGCUUGUGUCUAAAUUUUCCAGCAGUGUAGCUGGAGGUAGAUUGCCUAAGUGAGUACGUCU